AUGGCUCCACUCCCAAUCAAGUUUACGGAGCUUCUCCAGUUGACAAGUGUCGGAGUUGAGGCACAAUCGAUAGGUUUUAAUUCAUGUACACUGGAGUCAGAUUCUUUCAUCUGCGUACGAGAAAAGAAGAAUGAAGCCUCACAGCCAGAAGUCGUCAUCGUCGAUUUAAAAGGAAACAAUGCUGUCACUCGGAGACCUAUUAAGGCGGAUAGUGCCAUUAUGCACUGGUCGAAGCAGGUUAUCGCAUUAAAGGCACAAUCGAGGACCUUACAAAUAUUUGACCUGGGCGCCAAGGCAAAGUUAAAGUCUGCUACCAUGAAUGAAGAUGUUGUCUUCUGGAAAUGGUUCAGUGAGACAAGCUUGGGAUUGGUUACCGACACAACAGUUUACCACUGGGAUGUUUUUGACCCAACCCAAGCAGCUCCGGUAGAGGUCUUUAAGAGGAACCCAAACCUUUCUGGAUGUCAAAUCAUCAAUUAUCGUGUCAGCGGUGAUGGAAAGUGGAUGGUGGUCGUGGGUAUUACACAACAACAAGGACGAGUGGUUGGAGCGAUGCAACUUUAUUCGAAAGACAGAGGCAUCAGUCAGGCUAUCGAGGGUCAUGCUGCAGCAUUCGGUACACUACGAUUAGAGUCAGCUCCAGCAGACACGAAGGUGUUCACGUUUUCGGUUCGAACUGCUACUGGCGCAAAGCUACACAUAGUCGAGGUCGACCAUCAAGCUUCGAACCCAACGUUUUCGAAGAAGGCAGUCGAUGUGUAUUUCCCUGCCGAAGCAGUAAACGAUUUCCCAGUCGCCAUGCAAGUUUCACAAAAAUACAGCAUUAUUUAUUUGGUCACCAAAUACGGCUUUAUCCACCUCUACGACCUUGAGACUGGUACAUGUAUCUUCAUGAACCGUAUUUCGAGCGAGACUAUUUUUAUUACAGCUGGCGACUCGGAAUCUGCGGGACUUGUUGGUGUCAACCGAAGAGGACAAGUGCUGUCCGUAUCUGUUGAUGAAACAACAAUCAUUCCAUACCUCCUCCAAAACCCUGCAAAUUCCGGAUUGGCGGUCAAGCUUGCUUCAAGAGCUGGCCUACCCGGUGCGGACAACCUCUAUGCCAACCAAUUUGAGCAGCUUCUGGCUGCUGGCAACUACUCUGAGGCCUCGAAGAUUGCGGCAAACUCUCCCCGCGGUUUCUUGCGAACUCCACAAACCAUCGAACGUCUAAAGAGCUUACCGCCUGUACCAGGUCAACUAUCGGUUAUCUUGCAAUAUUUCGGCAUGCUGCUUGAUAAGGGAUCAUUGAAUAAACAUGAGACCUUGGAGCUUGUUCGACCUGUUUUGGCCCAGAACCGAAAGCAUCUCCUUGAGAAGUGGAUGAAGGAAAAUAAGCUCGAUUGCUCUGAGGAAUUAGGUGACAUUGUCCGCGUACAAGAUACUCAACUUGCACUUGCCAUCUACCUUAAGGCAAAUGUUCCUCAUAAAGUUGUUGCUGCUUUUGCAGAGAGCGGUCAAUUCGAGAAGAUCUUGCCUUACGCUCAACAAGCAGGAUACCAACCAGACUAUGUCCAGUUGCUCCGUAACAUUAUUUCCAUUAACCCUGAAAAGGGAGCUGAGUUCGCCACUCAGUUGGCAAAUACCGAAGGUGGCUCUCUUGUCGAUAUUGAGCGUGUCGUCGACGUAUUUCAGUCACAAGGAAUGGUUCAACCUGCCACCGCGUUCUUGCUCGAUGCAUUAAAGGAGAACAAGCCUGAGCAGGGACACUUGCAGACUCGUCUUCUUGAAAUGAAUCUUAUGAAUGCCCCUCAAGUCGCUGACGCCAUUCUUGGCAAUGAUAUGUUCGCUCACUACGACAAGCCUAGAAUCGCACAGUUGUGUGAACAGGCUGGCCUUGCUCAAAGAGCUUUGGAGCACUACGAAGAUCCUGAGGCUAUUAAACGCGUUAUUGUCAAUAUUGUAGCGUCCCCAUCUUUCAAUCAAGAGUGGCUCACCGGUUACUUUGGUCGCUUAUCCCUCGAGCAAUCAUUAGAUUGUCUGGAUGCUAUGCUAAAGGUGAACAUUCGUCAAAACCUUGCAGCUGUAGUUCAAAUCGCCGUCAAAUACUCGGAUUUACUUGGUCCUAUCAGAUUGAUCGAUCUUUUCGAGAAGUAUAAGACUGCUGAAGGUCUCUUCCACUACCUUGGUAGCAUUGUCAAUUUGAGUGAAGACCAAGAUGUCAACUUCAAGUAUAUUGAAGCUGCAACAAAGAUGAGUCAAUUUAAUGAAGUAGAGCGCAUUUGCCGAGAUAGCAAUUUUUACAAUGCCGAGAAGGUAAAAAAUUUCUUGAAGGAGGCCAAAUUGACUGAGCAAUUGCCACUCAUCAUUGUAUGCGACCGAUUCAAUUUCAUCCACGAGUUGGUACUUUACCUUUACCAAAAUCAACAAUUUCAGUCCAUCGAGGUCUAUGUUCAGCGUGUUAACCCAUCUCGAACACCCGCUGUCAUCGGUGGUUUGCUUGAUGUUGAUUGUGACGAGGCAAUCAUCAAGAAUCUCUUGAGCACUGUCAACCAUGCUUCCAUCCCCAUCGAUGAACUUGUUCAGGAGGUAGAAACACGAAAUCGUCUUAAGCUUUUGUUACCAUUUCUCGAGGCAACCUUGGCUGCAGGCAAUCAACAACAGGCAAUCGUAAACGCUCUUGCUAAGAUAUACAUUGACAGUAACAAUGACCCGGAGAACUUCCUCAAGGUCAAUGAUAUGUAUGACACUCUUCAAAUUGGAAUGUACUGUCAAAAGCGCGACCCAAAUCUAGCCUAUAUCUGUUACAGAAAGGGCAAAAACGAUCUCGAGCUUGUCAAUGUCACCAAUGAGAACUCCAUGUACAAGGCUCAAGCACGUUACCUUUUGGAAAGAGCUGAUCGAGAGCUUUGGACUUUCGUUCUCAGCGAGAACAACAUACAUCGUCGAUCUGUCAUUGAUCAAGUCAUCUCUACAGCUGUUCCCGAGUCAACCGAGCCCGAAAAGGUCUCUGUUGCGGUUGCUGCUUUCCUUGGUGCUGAUCUUCCUGGCGAAUUGAUUGAAUUGCUUGAAAAAAUCGUUCUUGAGCCUUCACCAUUCAGCGACAAUGAGAGCUUGCAAAACCUCCUCAUUCUCACUGCCACUAAAGCUGACAAGGGUCGAGUCAUGGACUACAUUCAUAAACUCGAAGCAUAUAAUUCUCCAGACGUAGCUAACAUUUGUAUUGAAGUUGGAUUAUACGAGGAGGCAUUUGAGGUUUACAAGAAGAUCAACGACCACACCAGUGCUGCUAACGUCCUUGUUGAGCAUAUUGUCAGCAUAGAUCGUGCACAAGAUUAUGCUGAGCGCGUCGAGCUACCUGAAGUAUGGAGCAGAGUUGCCAAGGCUCAAUUGGAUGGUCUACGCGUAAGCGACGGUAUCGCCUCUUAUAUUCGCGCAGACGAUCCAAGCAAUUACCUCGAGGUCGUUGAAAUUGCUACCCACGCUGGCAAGGACGAAGACCUUAUCAAAUACCUUCGUAUGGCCCGGAAGACUCUUCGCGAGCCUGCCAUUGAUACUGGACUUGCUUUUGCAUACGCUCGUACCGAUCAACUCGGUGAACUUGAGGACUUCCUCCGAGGGACAAAUGUUGCUGAUAUCGAAGAGUCAGGUGACAAGGCAUACGCCGAAGGUUUCCACCAAGCUGCAAAAAUCUUCUUCACCAGUAUCUCAAACUGGGCUAAGCUUGCUACCACUCUUGUUCACCUCGAGGAGUACCAAUCUGCUGUCGAGUGCGCACGAAAGGCCAAUAACAUCAAGGUCUGGAAGCAAGUCAAUGCUGCUUGUGUGGAAAAGAAGGAAUUCCGUCUUGCUCAAAUUUGUGGUCUGAAUUUGAUUAUUGAUGCUGAGGAGUUGCAAAGUUUGGUCAAGCAAUACGAGCGCAAUGGUUACUUCGAUGAACUUAUUGCAGUACUCGAGCAAGGUCUAGGUCUUGAGAGGAGUCAUAUGGGAAUUUUUACCGAGUUGGGCAUUGCCCUUUCCAAGUACCACCCAGAUCGCACAAUGGAGCACUUGAAGCUCUUCUGGAGCAGAAUCAACAUCCCAAAGAUGAUUCGUGCUUGCGAGGAAGCCCACCUUUGGCCAGAGCUGAUAUUCUUGUACUGUCAUUACGAUGAGUGGGACAAUGCCGCUCUCGCAAUGAUGGAGAGAGCUGCCGACGCAUGGGAGCAUCACUCUUUCAAAGACAUCAUUGUCAAAGUAGCAAAUUUGGAGAUCUACUACCGCGCUCUAAAUUUCUAUCUUCAAGAGCAACCAUCUCUCAUAACAGAUCUUCUUCAGGCACUUUCACCAAGAAUUGACGUCAACCGUGUUGUCAAGAUGUUCGAGAAAUCGGACAACAUUCCUCUCAUUAAGCCUUUCCUUCUCAAUGUUCAAACUCAGAACAAGAAGAUUGUCAACGUUGCCAUUAAUGAUCUGUUGAUCGAAGAGGAAGACUACAAGACUCUUCGUGAUUCAGUCGAGAAUUAUGAUAACUAUGAUGCCGUCGAGCUUGCUCAGAGAUUGGAGCGUCACGAUUUGGUAUUUUUCCGCCAAAUCGCUGCCAACAUCUACCGCAAGAACAAGCGCUGGGAGAAGUCGAUCGCUCUUUCGAAGCAAGACAAGCUGUUUAAAGAUGCAAUCGAGACUGCUGCUAUUUCUAGCAAGGCAGAUGUUGUCGAGGAGUUACUUAGAUAUUUUGUCGACAUCGGUAGUCGCGAGUGUUAUGUUGGCAUGCUCUAUGCUUGCUAUGACCUUAUCCCUAUUCAUGUUGUCAUGGAAAUCUCGUGGCGUCACGGUCUUACAGACUUUACUAUGCCAUUCAUGAUCAACUACCUCGCCCAACAAAGCUCUACGAUUGCUGAGCUGAAGAAGGAUAACGAGGAGAGAAAGGUGAGAGAAAAGUCACAGGUUCAAGAAGAGGACAAUACUCCCAUUCUCGGGGGCAAUCGUCUUAUGAUUACCUCUGGACCAACCGGACGUGCAUCUCCAGCCCAGUUUGGCCACACCAACGGAUUUGCACCACAACCGACAGGUUAUGGAGGAUUUUAA